AUGGCUGUAGCUCAAGUCAGCUCUGCUACUGCUCUCUUCAGUAGUGCUAUUGCUCCGGCUCACUUUUGUGAUGAUAAAAGAGAUCCUGAAGGCUUAGCCACUUUUGUCGAUGCCCCCUAUGACGUACCUCUGUACAACUUCGGUACUUUUCUCCAGAGCCUUGUCGACUCCUUUGUGCAUGUGAGCGUUACAGGGUCUGCUCAGAACAAUAUUGAGUACUACUCCAUGAUGGCCCACAUUCAAUACAAGACUAACUUUUGCUAG